UUUCAAUAUGUUUUACAUUUUCCGAUAUAUUAAAUACAUGGUAUCAAAUAUUAUUGAAAUAAAGUAUGUAAAAUAUUGAUCAGAUGUAUUGGAAUUUAUUCCUACAACGUAACAACAAAUAAUCAAUAGAUAGUAAUAUUGUUAUGCUAUUGAUAAUGUAAAAUUUGUUAGUGAAAUUGACAGAUGACGUAUGUUCAUAGAUUAUAUGUGUCAGAAUUCAUUCUCCGAAUAUAAGAAAAUAUAUUCAAUGAAUAUUAGACUCGUAUGAUCAUAUAUCGGUUACACGAGUCGAUAUUCAUUCCUAAAAUACAAUUAAGCAUAUUUAUCGUAUAAUAUUCUAAUCAUUGGGCAUCAUAAAUGUUCAUAGAGAUCAAUUUAAUAUAGGUUAAUCACGUUGAAGUCAGAUGGUUCUAAUCUGCUGCAAUGAUGUCCACAUGUCCACACCUACGUAUGGCGUAGAAUUUUCUGACUGGUUAACUUCCUCGUAAAUGACAUCAAUUCCUGAGGUUGCAUGUGUAACAUAUAAUUUUUUUCAUUUUUAAGGAGCCUUCAUUAUAUGUAUUGUUACUUCUAUUUUUAUUUUUACUACUUUAUUUAACAUCUUCAUAUAAUUUUACUAUAGAACUGUCGUUCUAAAUAAAUAGUAACUAUAACUAAUAUUAAAUCCGUAUUUAUUUGGGGCACAGCACUCCACCAUUCCGAUGCUGUCAAAAGUCACGUGAUUGUGUUACUAGAGUAUAUCUUAUUGGAUGAACUGAUGUGAGAUAAAAUAAGUUUUUUUAGAAUAGAAAAUACGAUUCUUUGCAUUGCGCGAUAUAAAAUGCAAGUAAAAGAAUAACGAGUCAGAUUACAGUAUUCGAUAAAAGUGAGUAUAACGGAAACGUUUGAUUAAAGAAUUAACAAAAAGUUCUAUGCAUGGAAAUUAACAUUAUUCCUCUUUCGAACGUUGGCAAGCCGUCUAUCGAUUCUCCCCACGCAUACAUCUCUUCAGUCAUCGAUUGCACUUUUUGCACCUGCCAUUUUUUUCCAGAGUAAUGGGAGCCUCAUCUCGAACUACUAGCACGAGGGUGGAUUAAAACAGGCUAUCCUGACCUGCGAAGCCACCCUCACCCUCUUCGUCUCGAUGAAUCUUCCACAUUCUUUAUUUUUCAAAAAUUUUUAAAGUGUCUCCUGCAAGAAAAAACAGACAGCAAAAAAAAUACACUCGAGAAGUCAAAGUGUGCGACGAAGAAAGAACAACGUUGCUGCCAAUAAGAAAGAGAAAGAGGGAGAAGGAUAGAAAUAGAAGAAGGUGAAAGUAAAAGAGAGACGGCUAGAGGGUGGGUGGUGGGGGGCUCUCGGCUUAGGAGUGAGAGAGACAGAGGAGGUCGAAGGGAGUCGAGCGAGGAGAAUGACGGAUAGCCAGCAGCAGUUUUGCUUGCGUUGGAACAACUUUCAAGCUAAUAUCACCAGCCAAUUCGAAGCCCUCAGGGAUGACGAGGACUUUGUCGAUGUCACCUUUGCCUGCGAUGGUAGGCGUCUCCAGGCGCACAAGGUUGUCCUCUCCGCGUGCAGUCCUUACUUCAAGGAGUUGUUCAAGACGAAUCCAUGCAAGCAUCCAAUAAUAUUUAUGCGUGAUGUGGAGUUUGAACAUCUACAGUCACUUUUGGAGUUCAUGUAUGCUGGGGAAGUUAACAUAUCUCAAGCAGAAUUGCCUACAUUUUUACGAACUGCUGAGUCUCUUCAAAUCCGUGGACUCACCGACUCUCAAAAUAUUCAGCACAACAACGAAAAGCAUUUGAAAACAAACAACAUAUAUGCAUCAAAUGGUCGUGGGCUGAUCUCACCAAGUUUGGAUGAGGACCGUAGCAAAACACCACCAGCCUCGAGUCCUCCACCACUUAAAAGGCUGUGCAAACGAAGUGAUUCGCCUCAGAUAUCUAGUCCUGUACCAGCUGCUGUGGCCUGUACAACUGGACCAUCAUGCACACGGCCAUUAAUCGAGCCACAGGUUCAGCUCGACUGCUACAAAGAUCUUGAUAUUGUUGAGCCAAAAGUAGAAUUACCAGAGUAUGGAAGCGACGAUGACUGUUCUCCAAAGCAGGAAGUCAACACACUGCCAAGUGGUUUCCUUAGCCUUGAUGGUGGCAUGGAAGUUUUGCCAUCGUAUCCACCUUCCUAUCAAGGAGGAGGAGGAGCAGGAGGAGGAGGUGGCGGCGGGGGUGGUGGACCAUUAGAAGGUGGACUGCCAGGACCAUCAAAUGUUAGCAAUACGGAGCUAAAUCAAGAGCAACAAGGUCGAAGAGUACGUCGCGGCAGGCCGCGACUUGGAACGAAGGGUGGAAAACAUGGUUCCCCAUCCGUGCAGAGUAACUCACCCUCGAGGAGUGAAUGGCUACCUUUAGACAUGAGAACCACACCUCCUGCUGCGAUGCCUGCCUUCCGUGGAUUCGAGGAGUCCUCCUCAGACGGGGUGGUGCACUUGGGAGAAGGAAUAGCAGUUUGCGAGGAACAACUGAGGGCUGUGAAAUGGAGUGAUUACAGAAAAUUGACGCGUGGUCUAGCAGCAAUUCUAUUCAGCCCCACCGAGCUGGCCACCUGCUCGGUCACAGGGCAACGAUGGAGCCGUGCAGGAACUGCUACCGAAAGACCAGUGAAACCUGCGUUAGAUAAGGCCAAAGUACAGGCCAUUAUAUCUUACGUGACAUCGAGAUUUCCCACAGUCGACGUGAGCAGUGUGAAACAAGUGUUGGCUUACAAGUGCAAGGAGAAUUCGACGGCACUCAAGAUGAAAUCUAUUAGAUACAUUUGCGAAAGGCAGGAAACGGAAAGAUCACCGAGAGCAAAUCCAGAGGAUAAGUGAAAGGUGAUAGGGGUGCGUUCUGCGUGCAGCUUGCGACAUUUGAAGAACUUUGGAGCAUUCAUUUGAUUCUAAGGACUCGUAACGAGUAGCCUUCCCGCUUCAACCCUGUUUCGACCGACUGCAUUCGGCUGUCUUCGAUCGACUUUGAUCCUCGCUUAAUCCAGUCACGAUCUGGGUAUUAGACGAUACCUGUUGGACGGAGCGACUCGAAGGAUUCAGCUGGAAACUCCAAAAGCUUCGCGGAACCGUUGGUAAAUUUAGUUAUUUUGAAGAUUUAUCUUUUAUUGGAAUAGCGUCGAAGCUAGCUUUGAAAUCGAAGUAUUUGUAGGAUUAAUCCGGUUAAUUACUUUAACUUUGAAAUCACACUGGCACUUAUACAAGACGGUGGAGCAAUUAUUGCCAACUAAAUAUUCUUGAAACAAUGGAAAGUUAUACGCGUAAACGUUUCUGGAAUACAAAGUUUACCUUGACAUUUUAAAUUAAAUAAUAUGGUUUCCUAUUUCUGGUGUAAUACAGAUUCUCCCUAAACCGUGAUAUUUUGCUUCGAUAGUGUUUCACUGUUUUCCAUGGUUUCAAAGAUAUUUGGAUGGCGUUACAUUCCGAAUCAGCUUGUAUUUCAUCCGUGAGAUUCGAACAGGUGCACAAACUACUUAUUACUCUCGAAAUGAAAUUUAAAACGACUUGAUCAACUAAUGGAAUUACUUUUCACAGUAACGUAGCAUUCAUUUAACUGAAAUCUGUUUAAAAAAAGAAAACCGCUAAUACGUAUUAAGUUUAACGCGAGCGCGAGUAAAUGCGUCGGAUGCAAAUUAAAGUAAUAUUAAACUUGGUUCGUUAAAAUGAAACUUAAACGGAAUUUAAACCGAUCUAAACAUUAAACAAAAUUAAUUGUGCUAAAUAUAAUAAACAGUCGAAACCUGACGAAAAAGAAAUAUCGCGAAUUCAAAAGCUGUAUCUCUGAACGAUUCGUAACUUGAAAACGAAGCUUCGAUGGACAAGAGAAAAUGAAUGCUCUGCAAGUAAUCAUCUCCAAGACGGAUCGAAUCAAAUGAUCUCAGGCCCCGAAGAUAUCGUAUAAAACGAUAAAAUGUUGUUAAUAAUAACACGUGAGCAGUUAUAGCCCUAGCAACCCCUUAGCAAGGCAUUGGACGAGGUAAUUAGGAUAAUGAAACAAACUGAAUUUAUGCCACCGUUAAUUCUUAAUUAUCUUCACGUCUAAGAACAAUUAAUUAAAUAUAUUCUUUUCUUUUCUGAUGAUGCGGCGUAAAUGUACGUGUAUACUUUUGAAAUAAUUUUUAUUCGUUCGUCGCUUAUUAAUCCUCGUAACGACGACGAUUCUGUUAGAAGGUUGGUUAAUAUUUCGUUACGGAUUCCUUUGACAAUUUUACGUCUUUGCAAAAUAAAUAACGAAAGAAGAAAAAGAAAAGCAAAGCUACCGGGAUACAAGGGUAGUCAUUUUUCGUAUAGAUAAUUAUAAGGAUUAAACAAAGAAAUAGACAAAUGAACCGAAGAAUUAAAGAAAUGAAGAAAAAUAUAAAUAUAAAUAUAAAUAAAUGAAUUUAUACAUGUAUAUGUAUAUGUAUGUGUAUAUGUAUACAUAUACAGGUACAUGUGCAUAGAUAUAAUUAUAUUGAACAAUUAUUAACGAAAAUAGUUGAGAAGUUAUAUAUUAUUUGUUGGGAGAGCAUCUAUUAUACGAUAUUUAAUAUAUUUAGGAUAUUUAUUUGUUGAUUUGGUGAUAUAUAUAUGUAUAUACAUAUAUAUGUAUACACCAUUGAUUUGGUAUGUAUAUAUAUAUAUACAUAUAAACACAUGUAAUAUAGAUAAAUAUAUACAUAUAUACACAUGAAUAGCUAAAUAAUUUUUACAAGGCCUAUGAAAGGUUUAAACAAAGAAAACAUGGUAUUUCGACGGGGAAUUAAAUAAUCGAUUGUCCUAUUUCGCGAGUUAAUAUAUUCAUUUAAAAUUUUCGCUAUUUAAUUGUUGCUUUAAACUGCGAACACUGGAGGAGGAACAGAUACGACGCGAAUCUGCUUCAAUUACUUCGACUUCGCUUAAAUCAGCGUUAGUACGCAUUAGCCAAUGGAAACUAACGCUAGUUGGAACAGUUUCGCAGAGAUUUAUAAUAGUAACGAAAAUACUAGACCACUCCAGUAGAUAGUACGGUGAAUUUGUCAUAAUUCAGACUUUUAGGAGCUUAGGCUGGACACCUUUGAUAAAAAAGAACAUGUAUACAGUAGAACCCUCGUUAUGUGAACGAAUUGGGGGACAAAAGUGUUUAGAUAAGAGAACAUUAGUACUCAAUUGGAUUUAAUAUUUAAGACGAAAUGAAAUGAAAUGAAAUGGUUGUUUGUAGAUACUUUGUAGAUAAUUGUAAACAAUUUGUUUGUAGAUAACUUUAUACAUAGAGUACAAAAUAGAAAAGAAUAUUGUCCAAUCGUUCGUCUUUUUAACAAAAUUAAAGAAACAAAUAUUACGGAUCUUAAUUUCUCGAGUUCUUUCACAAAUUAUCCCAUUUACGGACAUUCCUUCGUUUCUGCCAUUAAACUACUGAAAUAUAGCAAUAUUCAAAUUAUUCUCCUCCGCUGACGUUUUUCUACUUGUUGAAGUGUCUGUUUUAAAUAGUUGUUAAUAGCACAUUUCCGUUUUUAUUUAUAUUGGCAGUAGUAAAUUUUGUAUCGUCACAUUUUUAUGCCAAAUUUGUUGUACUUUUCUCACGUUCAAGUUUAAUAAUUUUAUCACAUUUUUAUUUAAUUGUUAUUACUAGACGUUGCUUUUUUAACGACGUUAAUUACAAUUAGUGGUAAACGUACUAUGCCAAUUUGAUACUGAAUCAUUGCGAGUGAAUUUCUCCCUACUAAAGGAAAUACAUAAAGACUUGUACGUUUAUGUACAUACAGUAUUGAAAUAAGAAAUAUACAAUUCACAUAAUAGAAUAUUCACAUAACGGAGGUACAUAAUGGUCUAUACUGUAUACGUCAAGGCGGAGUCGCGAAGGAUCAAGCGAUCUUGCAUUGAUUAAGGUAAAUUCGCACGAAUUGCCUCCACUAUGUUCGCAGUUUUAGUUUCCACUAAGACCUCGAAUUAGCGAAUUUUUGAAUUCUCACGAGAUCGAUUCUUUCUUCUAAUAUUUAUCCGUCGACUAUAUUGGUCGAGAACGGUAUCCGAAAUACAAAGCAUUUUCUUUCGUUAUUAGUAAACGUUUCCUCAUAUUUUACAUUAAUUAUAGUUUGAUUAUAGACGUAAAAACAAUUACGUUAAACGAAGUGCAAUUAAUUAUUGUUCGAUAGUAGCUGGUAUUUCUAAGCGAGGCCUCCGAUGAAAUAUCGAUUUGAACAAUGUAAGGCCUAAGAAAUUUGCGUUUCACGCUGUUAUUCAUUUUAAUCAUAAUACUUGUUGUAAAUUUGAUUAUUUAAUUUUAAUUUGAACCGAUUAUGUCGUGGAAAUUCAUUCAAAAAAUGAGUCGAUCUCGGUAAAUUCUGGUAAAGUGUCAGUUUUAUACGUUUAGCAGAUUUAUUAAUUUUUCUGUCAUUAUAAACGCCAAAUAGUUAAUGAUAAUAAUGUGCAAUUUUUGUUGGCAAAUUUUAAUAUAUAUAUAUAUUUACCAUACGUAGAUGAAAUUUUAUCGCCCAUUUAUAUGUUCUUCUACGUAUUUAUAAACGAAGCAUUUAAAUGCGAACGUAAAUUAUCGUAAAAUCUUCCCACUGUUUUCUAAGCAGUGUUCGAUUGUUUUACAUGCAAUUAAUGAGAAAUCGAUUGAUUUUGUUAAAAGACAAAAGUAACGUCGUCGGUAAAAGAGUUUGACAACAAUUUUACAUAUAAAACAAUGAACGUAGCAAUAACUUUUCUAAAUUAACAGAUAGUAAUUAAUAUUUAGGAAAAAGUUCUGAAAAUUUAAAUUAAAUUAUUAAGUUAGGUUAUUUUUAAGCUGUUACUAUAUUUGAACGAUACAUUAUUGAAAGUUUGUUUUUUCUGUUACAAUAUUAUUUUCCUUUCUCAAAACAAGUUAUUUAUAUAUUUCUCGUAAAGCGAAUCGCAACGCUAUUUAGUGCAAUAAUCUUAUCUAAUAUUUUUCAAAAACUUGUUAACAAUUUUACAACAUUAAUUUAAAUUCAAGUUGUUCAAGCUCUAAAUUCAUAUUUUCACACAUGAUUAUUUUAUUAUCGCUAAUUAUAGUAAUACUUCGUUAUGAAAUCUUCAAGAUUAACUUAUUUAAUUAUCAGUAUCCCUAUCUACAGAGAAUAUUACUAAUAUAUUGAGAAUGUAUUAUACAUUUCUAGACAAAAAGAUUGCAUAUGUCUGCUAAGUACUAAAGAAUGAUUUCGAAAUUGUUUAAAUUUAACAAGUGGUACCAAAGCAACCUUCCAAUAAUAUAAUUUGUUAUUACAAAAGUCGUAGUUUAAUAUGGGUUUAUACAAUAUUUAUUAAUAAAACAUGUAAAAUGUGAUCGCCAAAAUAAUAGCACAUUUUCAAAAAUGAAAAAGAAAACACCUAACUUUGAUAGGCAUCAGUCUCUCCAGUUUCCAGUAGAGAUCAUUCAACGAAGGAUUACUAUAUAAAAUUUGUCCAAAUCGCUAGUAAAUUUAAACGCAUUUUGCACCAAGUUAAUUAAUCUGUUAUCGUACACCCGAACCAAAGCUUAUGUGAAUUGUUUUUAAACAAAUUUAUUCGCGGAACGAUAUUUAUCAUUAUUAGCAUUCUCUAUUUCUCCCCAAUUAUAUUUUCUACGACUAAAGAAUUUGUAAAUAAUAGUAAUAAUAAUAAUAAUAAUAAUAAUAAUAAUAAUAAAAGUAAUUAAAGGUAACGAAAGACAGAAACCUUUGUGAUGGGUGGUUGCACUAAGAAUGAAUAAUUAACAAGUAUUUAACACCUUGAAGGACUUUAAUUAUUGUUAAUUAAUCGAUUAAUAGAGAACCGACAAGUUAGUCAUUGAUCAACGAGCUAAUUUACUUAGGGCAGAAAAGUCAUCAGAGUUUUACCGUAGGUUAAAUAGGAGUUGCAGAAGAAUGGUAGCUGUUUCUCGACGUUUUACUUGUGAUUUUCAUGAAAGAUCGGGAGACGAUUGUAUAGUUAAACAGAUACAGGCGCGCGCAUCUGGAAUUCUCUAGAGAAUAAGAGACACUAUCUGUACUGAGGAACUGCAGAGAUUUGUCCCUGGAUAGUAUUGAAGUUCGGUGAUUAGAAUUUUUGGAAAAGGUUAUUUCGCUAUUGGUCAAGAUUUUGUACCACAUACAUUAAUCAUUAAUAGCAUUACUACGAUAAGAACGCAUCAUAUUUCCAAAAAGGCGGUUUCUCUCGGAACUUGAAUAUCGUCCAGGGGCAAUCUUUCUAGCUUCGUGCAGCAGAGGUGAGCAAAAUUUUAUUCAAACGAUAGUUUAUAAACGAAUAAAAGCACCGCAUAACGAUUUAUUCGACUAAACAACUUCAAUUUUUAUUUGUUCUUUACAAAGUGUUUAAUUCUAUAAUUCAGAUUGUAACCUUUUCAGGGACGAAUUGUUUAAAGUGAACAAGAAUUGACUUAAUUCUUUGUUUGAUUAUGUUUCUAUAAUUUUAUUUCGAUAGCUAUUUAGUAAUUAAACAAAUUUUUAGAACAAUAAAGAUACACACGAAGCGUAACUUUAUGUGUUAUUGAUAAAUUAUAAAUGAAAAUGUUGUAUACAUUUAGGGUACACCAGUUCUUUACAUUGUUUACGAUUAUGAUUUAUCAUUAUGAUAAAAGUAAUACUCGAAAUUAAACUGUAUACACAUGUGUACGUUUAUAAAUUCUCAUAAAACUAUCAAUUGUUUAUCAAAUGUAUACAAUCGUUGAAACUGACAUUUUACACACCUGGUAUUUAAUAUUCAUCAAAUAUUAACAAUAUUUGUCAACAAAUCAUAAAAACUUGACACAUCAGACGUAAACAUUUGUAUUUUCAAAGCAGUGACUAUCAAGUAGAAUAAAACGCUAUCAGCGCUGCCAUACGACGACUUUGUUUAUCGUUGUUGAUAGAUUCUGUACUGAAUAGUUCUCCAACAGAUUAAACAUUGCUGUCGCUUGAAUUUAAGAAAAACUAAACGUACACAUAUGCACCAGCGUCCUUGAAAAGGUUAACUGUUGUUUAACAAGUAACGGAAUACCGUUUACUAGGGGUGUGCGGGAUAUCCCGGUCGGGACGGGAAUUCCUCCCGGGAUCGGGAUGGAAUCCCGAAAACUUCAAAAUCCCGAAUACAUUCGGGAAUUUCGAAAUCCCGUACAUUCGGAUUGCUGAAAUUUUCAAGAAUAACAACACUUUCGGAAAUCCCAGAUAUUCUAUUCCGUACAUUGUCGGGAAUCCCGGAUAUUUUCGGGAAUCCCGGACAUUUUACGGGAAUCCCGCACACCCCUACCGUUUACUUUUCCAUAGAAGACAUUCUCAUUCGAAAAUAUUCGUCAUUCGACAUUUUUAUCCAAGUAAUAAUUUUGCCUAUCUCUACCGUGCAGUACACUUCGCGGAACAACGUUUCGCUACGAAUAGGUAAAACUACUAUAAAUCGUGGAACAGAGUAUUGUAAUCAUUCGAUUAGUCGUUGUAAUUAAAUGUUAAUCGAAACGUGAUUGAAUGCCAUUGAAAGUAAGCGGGGGAAAAACAACAGUUCAAAUAGUUAGAAAUUUACAAGUCAAGUUUAAAUCACCGGAGGGAAAGAAUACUGCAAGGUAGAAGGUGCGUUUUCGCAAAAUAGAAAUCGGCGUCAACUGAUUCCAUUCGAGAAAGAUUUCGAUAACAAAUUGAUCGUUUAAAUAAAUUAAGCGACGAUAUAGGAGUAAAUCAAUUAGCGAAAACGUGCGUGUAUGUGAUAGAAAGCGAGCGCGAGAGAGAGAGAGAGAGAGAGAGAGAGAGAGAGAGAGAGAG